GGCACUUUUAAAGACAUUUUCAAUUGACUCCCAGCCCGGAGCAGUGGCGGAGGAGGCGAGGCGCUUCCCCAGACCUUUGAUGCGCGGCGCUGGGCUCUUUCGGAGGAGGAGGAGGAGGCGAGCGGGGGGCGAGCACCGCGCUCGGCAGGAGAUGCCGCGGCGGGGAGCGCCCCCCGCCCGCCGCUGACAGCGCCCCUCCUGGCCCCUGCCCGGCUGGGAACGGGCCCUAGGGAGGAUGCCCGGCUGGGAAUCGGCCCCGGGGAGGACGCCCGGGGGUGCAGAAGGCAAGCCCGUCGAAGCCGUGCCCGGCUGCGGCGGGCGGCAUCCCGUGGGCGCGGCGGAGGGGGGGUCGGCUCCCCGAUCCGCUCUGCCGCCUCCUCGGGAACGCUGUCGCCGCCGGAAAGUUUCCUGGGCGCUGUGUGCCGGCUCCCUCUCGGUGCUGCUGGGCUUGGCCGGGGCUGCGCUGGGCGCGGGGCGCUCCCUGGUGCGGGCGGCGGCGCUGCUGGGCGCCAGCUGCGGGGGGGAAGCGGCGGCGCUGGCGGCGGGGGAGGAUCACUUGCUCUCCCUCGCCGCCACGGGGGUGGUGCUGAGCUGCCUGGCCGCCGUGACAUGGCUGGUGCUGAAGCUGAGGCAGGGCGUCCUCAUGCUCGCCGUGACUAGCGCGGCCAGGACCACGUCCCUCGUCUUCUUGGAGAGGGUCCCGGCGUCCUGGCGGCCCUACCUCGCCUACCUGCUGGGGCUGCUGGGCAUCCUCUUGGCCGGCUACGCUGACCGGCUCUGGCCCCCGCGGCGGUCGGAGCCCCCGCCCGAGCAUCCCGCCGCCCCGCGGGUCGCGGACGAAGCCCCGGUGCUCGGGAGGAGACGGCGGUCCAGCUCCAUGCUCUCCCCCGAGAUGUCGGGCGGAGGCAAGACCCACCGGCGGACGUCGCUGCCCUGCAUCCCCCGGGAGCAGCUCAUGGGGCAUUCUGAAUGGGAUCACAAACGAGGACCCAGAGGCUCACAGUCUUCUGGUACCAGUAUAACGGUGGAUAUUGCUGUCAUGGGAGAAGCACAUGGGCUCAUUACAGAUCUUCUGGCAGAUCCUUCACUGCCCCCCAACGUGUGUACUUCGCUGAGGACAGUGAGCAACCUGCUUAAUACUCAGUUAACCUUCCAAGCCAUCCACAAGCCAAGAGUGAACCCUUUGGUGUCCUUCAGUGAGAACUACACCUGCUCUGACUCAGAGGAAUGUCCAGAGAAAGGAGAAAAACUAGCUAUUCCCAAGCGCUUACGGAGAAGUUUGCCUCCAGGACUGCUGAGGCGAGUGUCCUCAACUUGGACUACAACAACAUCAGCCACCGGAUUACCUACACUGGAACCAGCUCCAGUGAGAAGGGAUCGCAGUGCCAGCAUCAAACCUCAUGAAUCGUCUUCAUCCAGCACUGACUCCUGGAACAACUCGAUUCUGAUGACAAUCACGAAGAGCAGGUCCUUCUCCACCUCCUAUGCCAUGUCUUCUACCAACCAUCUGAAUGCCAAAAGGCAGAGCCGACAAGGUAUCCCACCAAAUAUUUCACCUCUCACCUCCCUGUGCCAUUCACCGAUUCAGGGAACGCCUGCCACGAGUCCUACUGGAAAAACAUCUUCCGAGUCAUUUUCAGACUCUACAAAUACUGAUACCAAGCAAGGCUUAAAGCCACACAAAGUCUUAACUGCUACUCAGAGUGCACCUAGCCUGUCAGACCCUAUUGUUAGCACCUCUAUCAUCUGCAGCAGCUGUGGCAGACCCUAUAACCAAAUAGAAGGUGCUGAUGGGACUCUAGAUAGAAGCGAUGGUACCGCACACACCCUGAACAGAACAGAUGAUCCUGCACAAGCCACUUCUGACUAUGAGACCAACAACAGUGAUAGCAGCGAUAUUGUACAAAAUGAUGAUGAGACAGAUUGCUCCAAAGAGCAGAUGCGGAAGGGAUCCAUCUGUAGGACGUACACGCCUGAGACCAUCAUUCUGCAUCCCUUAAUACCACCUGAGGACAAGCCUAUACUUGCUCCUGAGCCUCUGGUUAUGGACAAUUUGGAUCCCUUGAUGGAGCAGCUGAAUAGUUGGAACUUUCCAAUCUUUGAUUUAGUGGAAAAAAUUGGGAAGAAAUGUGGUAGAAUUCUCAGUCAGGUGUCAUACAGGCUUUUUGAAGACAUGGGGCUGUUUGAAACCUUUAAAAUACCAGUGAAGGAAUUUAUGAACUACUUUCAUGCCUUGGAAUGUGGAUACCGAGAGAUACCUUAUCACAACCGAAUCCAUGCAACUGAUGUUCUACAUGCUGUUUGGUACCUUACUACUCAGCCCAUCCCAGGACUCCCAACUGUGAUUAAUGAUCACGGGUCAGCAAGUGAUUCAGAUUCUGACAGUGGAAUCACUCAUGGCCAUAUGGGUUAUGUGUUUUCAAAGACAUACACUCCUACAGAUGACAGCUAUGGAUGCCUAGCUGGCAACAUCCCUGCUCUUGAAUUGAUGGCUCUUUAUGUAGCUGCAGCCAUGCAUGAUUAUGAUCAUCCAGGAAGGACCAAUGCCUUUUUGGUAGCAACAAGUGCUCCUCAGGCGGUGCUGUACAACGACCGCUCCGUCCUGGAGAACCACCACGCCGCUGCUGCCUGGAACCUUUUCAUGUCGAGGCCAGAGUACAACUUCCUGGUCAACCUUGACCACGUGGAGUUCAAGCAUUUCCGCUUCCUCGUUAUUGAGGCAAUUUUGGCUACUGACCUGAAGAAACACUUUGAUUUUGUUGCCAAAUUCAAUGCCAAGGUGAAUGAUGAUGUUGGAAUUGACUGGACUAAUGAGAACGACCGCUUGCUUGUUUGCCAAAUGUGCAUCAAACUGGCUGACAUAAAUGGGCCUGCAAAAUGCAAAGAUUUGCAUCUGCAGUGGACAGAAGGCAUUGUCAAUGAGUUUUAUGAACAGGGUGAUGAAGAGGCUAGCCUGGGCUUGCCAAUCAGUCCUUUCAUGGAUCGUUCUGCUCCUCAGCUGGCACACCUCCAGGAAUCUUUCAUCACUCACAUUGUGGGACCACUGUGUAAUUCCUAUGACUCAGCUGGGCUGAUGCCAGGAAAAUGGAUAGAAGAUAGCGAUGAAUCAGGAGACACUGAUGAGCAUGAAGAGGAAGAAACAGGAGAAAUGGAAACUUGUGAAAAUGCUGAUUCUGGAAAGAAGAAGUUCAAGAGGAGGAAAAUCUACUGUCAGAUCACUCAGCACCUGCUUCAGAACCAUAAAAUGUGGAAGAAAGUAAUUGAGGAUGAGGAGAGGUUAGCCGGGACAGAGAAGCAAGGACCAGAGCAAUCAACACUGCACCAAUCUUCAGAACAAAUCCAGGCCAUCAGGGAAGAGGAGGAGGAGAAAGGGAAGCCCAAGAGGGAUGAAGAGGAGAACACAACUGUAGAACCGAACCAAUGACAAUAUUUACAGCAGUAUUUUAAUAGAUUGACUCAUGCACAGACUCUUUCUCAAGCCAGCACAGCAUUUAGACACAACACUGUAGAAGUAUGGGUUAAUGCGCCUACAGCUGUUUAAUUUGUUUCUCUUUCCUUUUUAUGGUGAGGUACAUUGUUUAUUGUUUAAAAUCCUAUGCUCAAAGAAGCUUUCACACUGCGACACCAGAUUUACAGACGUUUUUUAAAGAGGUUUGAGAGUGGGUGGAAUUAUAUAAAUAUAUAUAGCCAGGGUUAUUGGCUGCACACUUCAGCAAAAUACAUUUAAUGGUAUAUUAUGGUCACUGUGAUAUUUACAGAAGAAAAUUAUCUAAAGAAAUACUGCUUCUAAAGCACAUUUGCAGUUAACAGUACCAGUUAAGUAGCUUUUGCUCUUAACGCUGAGGGAUAAAAGUUCCAAAGCUUUAUAUGAAUGGUGAUAUAUCCUGCCAACAUAUACGUGUGCGUGUGAAAGGGCGUUUGCGAGUGUAAGUGGAUGCAAUGUAAAAUAGCAUAGUUUGAGAUCUUAUUAGACUAGCUGUAGCACUUGUCCUGAUAAAUGAAAAUUAACAGAAGCCCUGAAUUUUAGAGAAUUUGUGCCCACAAGGGAACCAGAGACCAUUUUGAGGACCUUUGCAUUCCCCGUAGCCCUCAAAGUCCCAGUUUGCACUCUGGCGGUAGACAGCAGCCUUUCAGCGGGGACUGUGGUGGCCCAAGGUGCUGGCCUAGUCCCAUCUGGCUGUCUAGGUUCCUCUACCUCUUUCUCUUCCUCCUCCUCGGCACUUCCAAGACUGCUGGUGAAGGUGAAAGGGAUGUGCCAAGAAAUUUAUUUUCAAAAGGGGGUUAUAAGGGGCUGUGUGGCAUGCUGGUCUGUUCCCCUUGAGAGGACCUGACCCUCUGAAUGCUUCUGAGUGCAUGAAUGGCUGUGUGGGGCAGUGUGUGUGUUCAGGCAGGAGGGAAAAGAGAGCAAAUGUAUGUGCGUACUUGGAAACUAGAGGCAUGCUGUCAUCUUCCUACCCUGACUUGUGCCUCCAUGCAUCAGUGGCCAAAGGUAUCGUUUAAGAACAAAGGUAAACUACUGUCUGUUGAGAGAAAAAGAAGGGGGAUGUGAGGGCUAUGCCCUUCCUCAGAGUAAAAGCAAAUGAUGCAUUAGGAGCAGGGUGGGGGACAGAUGCCAGUCCUGCGUCGACUGGACACUUACGUGUCUCAGCAACCACUCACAAGAGCUUCAGAGAACUUGGCUUCUCAGUGUGCUGGAUGGGAGCAGUUUGUUGCUGGCAUUCUACUUAGAAGCAGCGCGUUUGAUCCCACCAAUAUACUUACUCUAUUUCUUUUUUCUUUUUUUUUAAGAGAAAGGAGAAGGUCGAGCCUGUAAGAAAAGCAGAUCUUUUUUUUGUGUUCUGUUUUUUUGUUUUCUCUGUUGUUUUUGCUGUGAGCCAAAUGUCUAUUUAAAAGGUUGGAUAUUCACUUUCAAUAUUUUAUUUCACGAUAUUAUAUUUGUCAAUGAUUAGCUAUCUAGAUGUAAAUAUGGAAAAAUUUUUAUGGGUUCCUGUAGAUAAUGAUAACUUUAAGAAAAAAAAAAAAAGAAAAAGAAAAAAAGGGAAAAGUUUUUUUGUAAAGCUAAUUUUUUUAAAAAAUAAAUACAAAAACAUUUUUAUACAGUGUAGCCCUUUCCAAACCCAACAAAUAAAGUCUUGAGUAAUUUGUAUAGACCCUUCCGGGAAGCCAGUGGUCUACAGGUUCAAGGCUUUGAAAUAUUAAUGCUCUUUGGAACUGGUGGCACCAACCAGUACCACACAAAUUAGAGUUUUGUUCCCGCAAGAAGAAUUAUAUAUAUAAAGUUCAUUAUCUCUCGAAAAUCAUUUAACUUUGUUUGCAUCUUAUAUUUUAAUCCUGCAGCCCCUUGCCAAGAAGAGAGUUGCUUAUGUGAGAACACUUGUGAAAGCAAGGGUUUGUAGAAGUCCUUUCUAUAUUAAAUUUCUGACAUUGCAUCCAUCUUUUUUUGCUAUUUUUAUGUAUUCACCAUAUUCAUGGUCCUAUUGAUACCUCCCCAAAAAUGUUGGAAAACAUUCACUAUCAAAGCCACUCAGCAUCUGUGUUGUCACUCCAGAGUUUCUUCUUGCUUUGCACUUCCAUUAGAGUGAGCUUUUGCUGGAAAACAGGAUUCUAGCUCCUUAUUGAUUGCAUUUGCCCGAUAUUGUCCCAUCCUACUGUUAUCAAUAGAGAAGGCAUUUACCUUUCAACAGAGUGACUAGAUCAUGACUCUGAAUACUCUCGUAUCAGCAGAAAUAUUUAGUGUUUUUCAAUGAAAUCAGAAAAGAAAAGAUCCAAGUUGCACUAUUAUCUUAAAGGGAAAGGAUCUAGUGGAAUUGAUUAAAAACAAGAGAAAGAUGUCUCCAAGAUCUCAGCAAGUGUCCACCAAUUCCAGCUUGCACCGUUUUCACACCUCUCCAGUCACUUCAAUUAAUCACUGUAUUUGGAGUUUUCUUGUACAAUUGAUAUGCAUAACUUAUAGUAUGAGAAGAAUUUACUAUCCCUCAUUCUGUCCUUUAAAAAUUAAACUUACAGAAAUGCUUUAAAAUAUCACAUUUGCGGGCACUUUUUUCUCCAUUUUGAGUGCAUGAUCACUAGGACUGUUUUGGGUUGUUUUUUUUUUAAUUCUGCCUUU